AUGAGUGUCUCUCCACAGAUAUGGAAGCGGGUUACGGAGAAUGGUCAGCUCCAUAUCGACAUUCAAAGAAUCCAAGUCGAGGACCAGUCUCCUUUACUACAAUGCACGAGAUGCCUUGGCUAUGGCCAUGGAAAACGAUUUUGCAAGGAGGAGGUGGACUCUUGUAGCCACUCUAAAGCAGAUAUAAAUGAUCACAAUGCAUUUAGCCAAUCAUGUCCAGUGCGAAAGCAGUGGGAUGACCUAGCGAGGUCAUCCGUAGCAUAUUGCUAA